AUGGAGAGAAAUGGCAAAUGUAUCUUUCCAUUCUACUAUAGAAAUGGAAAGUUCUAUGACUGUGUCAAGUUCAACGCAAAACACAAGUGGUGCUCCUUAAAUGAGACUUACCAAGGGUACUGGAAGUAUUGUUCUGAAGAAGAUUUUGCAAAAUGUGUGUUUCCCUUCUGGUACAGACGCAUGAUCUACUGGGAAUGCACUGAAGAUGGGGACGCAUUUGGGAAAGAAUGGUGUUCGCUGACCCAAAAUUAUAACAAGGACAAGGUUUGGAAAUACUGCAACUGA